AUUUUGGGCUCAAGGGAUCUUCUCGGGCCAGCACAGCCCCGCAGCUGCACCUCUCCGUCCAGCAGGCCAGGUCUUCCGCCGCGAAGAUGACGAUGAAAUACCCGGCGGCGUACCUGAUGUGCGUGCUGGCGGGCAAGGAGGCGCCCACCGCCGCGGACAUCCAGAAGGUCCUGGAGUCCGUGGAGUCCGAAUACGACGCCGAGAUCGCUGGCAAGCUGGACCCGGUUCCUUUCGUGGCCCAGGUGUCCGAGCUCGAGGGCAAGACGAUCUUCGAGAUCAUCAAGGAUCGGUUGUUGCCAGAGGGCCACUCGUGCGUGCAGCCGAGGCGCCAGGCUCGGGCGAAGCGAGGCUCGGGAAAAGAGAGCAAUGCUUCGGGGCGGAGCGGCCUCCAGCGCCAGGACGGCAAGGAGAAGCUGAAGGGCUUCGGCGGCGGCGGAGGCGGCGGCGUCCCCGCGGCGGGCGGCGGCGGCGGCGGCGGGGGGGGCGACGAGGCGGCCGCCGUGAAGGAGGAGAAAAAGGUCGUAGAGGAGGAGGAAGAGGAGGACGUGGACUUCGACCUCUUCGGCUGAGCUCGCGGGCGGCUGGCUGCACGGCCGCGUUCGCUGUGGUCUUUCGAGCGCGCGCUUGCAUCGUCGUCACGGUCGUCCCAUCAGCGUCGGCAGCAGCAGACGUUUGGUCUUAAGGCACAGGCGGGAAGCCAGUUGUGCGUGUGUUUUUUUGGUGUGCCCGUUGGCAUCACACGCCAUCGUGCCCAAGGCCGCCCAAAGUUUGUCAGGCCUUGGUGGGCGGCGCAGCUGGACGCGGCUCGAAGAAUCUACCGGAGCGGCGCGCGCAGCAGGUUCGGGGGACCGGUGUUGCACGAGUCUCGGCUGUGAGGGGGCAGGG